AUGCCACGCCUUACGAACUCUCUCGCGCUUCACAUAUCCAUCUCACCCGCCAACCGGCUCCCCAACGCUAUCGAGCAGCCGCAGCGCCUCCCCCAUAAACGACGCCGCCUGGCCCCUGACCCGCAGCGCCCAGCGCAGCUCGUCCACCCGCUCCGCGCACCACCGGACCUCCUCGCCGUCGUCGGUCGUGGCCCACAGCAGGCCCGCCAGGCCGCCCACGGACGCGACCUGGUGCGCCGCGGCGGCGGCCCAGAACCCGCCCGUGUGCUCCGGCCGCAGCUGCGUCAGCACCCCGACGGCUCAGUGCCCGCCGACACGGGGCGCGAGGCCUUCAUCCGCCAGACCGAGCUCGCGCGCCUGCUGUCGCAGGUCCUAUCGUGCUUCUACACCACCGCCGCGACCAAGCCGGGCGGCGCCCU